AGACUGAUGGAGAGGCAGAGACGGAAGGCGGACAUCGAGAAGGGGCUGCAGUUCAUUCAGUCGACCCUACCCCUAAAGCAAGAAGAAUAUGAGGCCUUUCUGCUCAAGCUGGUGCAGAACCUGUUUGCUGAGGGCAAUGACCUGUUCCGGGAGAAGGACCACAAGCAGGCCCUGGUGCAGUACAUGGAGGGGCUGAACGUGGCCGAAUACGCCGCCUCUGACCAGGUGGACCUGCCCCGGGAGCUGCUGUGCAAGCUGCAUGUCAACAGAGCCGCCUGCUACUUCACCAUGGGCCUGUACGAGAAGGCGCUGGAGGACAGCGAGAAGGCGCUGAGCCUGGACGCCGAGAACAUCCGGGCGCUGUUCCGCAAGGCGCGCGCCCUCAACGAGCUGGGACGCCACAAGGAGGCCUAUGAGUGCAGCAGCCGCUGCUCGCUCGCCCUGCCCCACCACCUUUCCCGGAUCUUCAUCUCUUCCCCCCUCUCCAAUCUCUGGCAGGAAUUGGAAACCUUUUCUCUGCUCAGUAACGGCACUGCGGCUGGCGCGGCAGAUCAGGGAACUUCCAAUGGACUGGGGUCCAUAGAUGACAUCGAGACAGACUGCUACGUGGACCUGCGAGGCUCCCCGGCCCUCCUCCCCUCGACCCCCACGAUGCCCCUGUUCCCCCAUGUUCUGGACCUGCUGGCGCCCCUGGACAGCAGCAGCAGGGCGCUGCCCAGCACCGAGGGCCUGGACGACUUCUCCGACGGGGACGUCUUUGGUCCUGAGCUGGACACCCUUCUGGACUCACUGUCCCUGGUCCAGAGCGGCCUGCCUGGCAGCGGUGUGCCCAGCGAGCUGCCCCAGCUGAUACCCGUGUUCCCCGGCGGGACCCCGCUGCUGCCACCCGUGGUGGGGGGGUCCAUCCCCGUCUCCAGCCCACUGCCCCCCGCCUCCUUUGGCCUCGUCAUGGACCCCUCCAAGAAGCUGGCUGCCUCUGUGCUGGAUGCCCUCGACCCCCCGGGCUCCACCUUGGACUCCCUGGACCUGCUGCCCUACUCAGAGACCCGCCUGGACGCCUUGGACAGCUUCGGGUCAACCCGGGGCUCCCUGGACAAGCCCAGCGCCUUCAUGGAGGACCCCAGCUCACAGGACCAUCGUCCCCCCAGCGGCACUCAGAAGCCAGCCCCCUCGCCAGAGCCCUCCAUGCCCAACACCGCCUUGCUCAUCAAGAACCCCUUGGCUGCCACCCACGAGUUCAAGCAGGCCUGCCAGCUCUGCUACCCCAAAACAGGCCCCCGGGCAGGCGACUACACCUACCGCGAGGGCCUGGAGCACAAGUGCAAGCGGGACCUCCUGCUCGGCCGGCUCCGGAGCUCCGAGGACCAGACCUGGAAGCGGAUCCGGCCCCGGCCCACCAAGACCAGCUUCGUGGGCUCCUACUACCUGUGCAAAGACAUGAUUAACAAGCAGGACUGUAAGUACGGGGAUAACUGCACCUUCGCCUACCAUCAGGAGGAGAUCGACGUGUGGACCGAGGAGCGCAAGGGCACCCUCAACCGCGACCUGCUCUUCGACCCGCUGGGGGGCGUCAAGCGCGGCAGCCUCACCAUCGCCAAGCUCCUUAAGGAGCACCAGGGCAUCUUCACGUUCCUCUGCGAGAUCUGCUUUGACAGUAAACCCCGGAUCAUCAGCAAAGGCACGAAGGACUCUCCCUCCGUCUGCUCCAACCUGGCUGCCAAGCACAGCUUUUAUAACAACAAGUGCCUGGUGCACAUCGUCCGCUCCACCUCCCUCAAGUACUCCAAGAUCCGCCAGUUCCAGGAGCACUUCCAGUUCGACGUGUGCCGCCACGAGGUGCGCUACGGCUGCCUGCGGGAGGACAGCUGCCACUUCGCCCACAGCUUCAUCGAGCUCAAAGUCUGGCUGCUGCAGCAGUACUCAGGCAUGACCCACGAAGACAUCGUCCAGGAAUCCAAGAAAUACUGGCAGCAGAUGGAGGCCCACGCGGGGAAGGCCAGCAGCAGCUUGGGUGCCCCGCGGACACAUGGGCCCAGCACCUUUGACCUGCAGAUGAAGUUCGUGUGUGGCCAGUGCUGGAGGAACGGGCAGGUGGUGGAGCCUGACAAAGACCUCAAGUACUGCAGUGCCAAGGCCCGGCACUGGUGGGUGCGCGGGGCCCCGGGAGGGCUUGCCUCUGGUGGGGCGGCGACGCCACCCAGCGGUACUCAGCAGGACUCCCCUCGCCUCCCACAGCUCUGCAUCCACGCGCAGAACGGCCGCAAGUGCCAGUACGUGGGGAACUGCUCCUUCGCACACAGCCCGGAGGAGAGGGACAUGUGGACGUUCAUGAAGGAGAACAAGAUCCUGGACAUGCAGCAGACCUACGACAUGUGGCUGAAGAAGCACAACCCAGGGAAGCCGGGGGAAGGCACCCCCAUCAGCUCCCGGGAAGGGGAGAAGCAGAUCCAGAUGCCCACGGACUACGCCGACAUCAUGAUGGGCUACCACUGCUGGCUCUGCGGCAAGAACAGCAACAGCAAGAAGCAGUGGCAGCAGCACAUCCAGUCCGAGAAGCACAAGGAGAAGGUCUUCACGUCCGACAGCGAUGCCAGCGGCUGGGCCUACCGCUUCCCCAUGGGCGAGUUCCGGCUCUGCGACAGGCUCCAGAAGGGCAAGGCCUGCCCGGACGGGGACAAGUGCCGCUGCGCCCACGGGCAGGAGGAGCUCAACGAGUGGCUGGACCGGCGCGAGGUGCUGAAGCAGAAGCUGGCCAAGGCCCGCAAGGACAUGCUGCUGUGUCCGCGGGACGACGACUUUGGCAAAUACAACUUCCUGCUGCAAGAGGACAGCACUGCUGGUGCCGCCCCCGAAGCCCCUGCUGCGGCCACGGUCCCCGGGGAGUAGGCAGGUCUGGCUUGUGGGUGAAGUCCUAGGGUCAGGGGUGUGGAUGGGAACAGAGGGCCUGGCGGAAGGGCCGGGGCAGCCUGGGGGGGGGGGGGGGGGGGGCGCCCUCCUCAGGCAGCCCCUGGCCCUGGAAGCCCUCCCCAUCCCAUCCGCACCCACUACCCAGUGUGCAAGCCAGGUGCACGUGCUGCGGCCUCCAGGGGUCCCAGGGUCCUCAUCCUGCUGGAGCCCUGGGCAGCCCCCUGCCCCCAGCCCCAGCGCCCCUGGUUGGACCCCUCCAGCUUCAGCUACAGCUUUAACUUCUGUCUGCUCCUGAGGGGGGCCUGAAGCUCAGGGCUGGGGAGCCUGGGGUCCCCACUUGAAUCUGCAGCAGGAGGGUCCUCUCUACCCACCUUCAUUCCACCCCCACCUCCCUGGAGACAGAUCAGGACACAACAGAGGGUAGGAGGCCCCAAUUAGCUUUAAGAUGCAGCCCCAGAAUGGAGCUGGGACACGGUAUUGGUCACUUACCCCUCUGGGGCCUCAAUUUUCCCUCCGGUUGGAAGAGUGGGAGGGACUGGGGUCUGGCCCUUUAGUGAGGCCGUCAGCCCAGCCCCUCUCAUUCUUGAGCCAUUGAAUGUAGAUUGUAGAUCCUCAGAGCCUUUGGUCAUGACCCAGCCCAAAGCCCCCAUUCUACAGAUAGGAAAACUGAAGCCUAAAGGGAAGGAGUGAUCUACACAGGGUCUCCAUCCCACGGCAUGAGGUAGACCUGGGGUGCAAACUGGUCAGGAGACUCAGGGCCCGUCAUUAGGUAUGUGACUGCCUCUGGAUCAGUGUGCAGCUGGGGUCCCAGGCAGCGCCACCCAGGUGCUGGGGAAGGAAGCUCAGGGGUUUGGUCUUGUCAGCACGGAGGAGGGGAAGUCCUCUCCUGAGGAUGGCUGUGGGGAGCGUCCAGCAAAGGUCUCUUCCCACACCACUCAGGGACAGGUGGGAGGGGCAGGGAAUGAGGUACUGAGGUGAGGGGAUGCUGAGAGAAGGGAGACAUGCCCCUGGGGCAUCAUGGGCCAUUCUGGGACCAGACACAGCCCCUCUUUUUGGGGGACCCAGCAUGGUCCUCUCCCCCUUCUCCCUUAGACCCAGAAGUACAAUUAUGACUGUCUGUCCUGACCCCUCCCUGCUCCCUGGCUCUGCCAGCUGCCUAGGACCCCAGCUGACCCCCCAGCCCCUGCUCCCACCCACCAAGCCCCUCUCCUGCCCUCGUGUAGCCCUAAUGUCUGUGUGCACCCUCUGGUCUCCAUCCCACCCCCUGUGUGCAGGCCCCGUCUCCCCUGGUUCCCUAGACAUUCCAGAAUGCCCCACACCAUUGGCACAGACGUGGGGCUCCCCCAGAAGGAACCAGGGACCAAGGCUGGGGUCGGGGGUGAGACGGAGAGUAUAGCGCACCCCUUACUUCUCCUCAAGCAAGGAUUGACAGCGUGUGAUGAUACGAUGACGGGCAUCCGGGCUGCAGAGAGGCCUGUUUCUCUUGCCACCACUGCCCACCCUUUCCCCAAUAAUUGAGGCAUGCAUCCCUCCCUCCCCCUGCCCCUCCCCCCGCAGGCCAGCACUGCAGAGUGGGUGCUGGUGGCGUGGCUGGAGGGCAGGAGAGACCACACCCAGUGUGGGGGCCGUGGCCAUGAAUGUCCAUGACACUUGUUUUCCCUGGUCCGUGGUGUUGCCGUCUGUUGUCACCAGCCUUGUUUUUAGUGUGUAUAUAUGUCGCCCCCGUGAUGCAUAUAUACACAGGUAUUAAAUAUAUCGCUCUAUAUAAUAUUAUAUACGUGUGUGGUAUCCAACGAAUCACUUCUAUUGAGGGCUAAAGAUAAAGAAUUUGGCCAGAAAAUGCAGCCACCCUGGUGUAAUGUGGAGAGGUGUUCAAGGUCCUCAGGCCAUUUCCGGGGAAUUCAGGGACUAGGGCCAGGUCCAGAGUUGACUGGGCAGCAGGGGCAGAGGUGGCUUUGCUGGGGCCCAGCUCUGCUGACAGCUUCAGCGCCCCCUCCUGGGAGAGAGCAGGAGUGCGCAGGAACAGCAGAGGAUUGGUGUUUCUCUCUCCCCCAAGGGAAAAGGCUUAGAGUCCAGAUUUUUCUUCGACCUGUUUUCGUCCCAGGGCCUCCGGACCCGGGCCUUCCUGGCCUGGCCUGGCCGAUCUGGAUCCCUCGCAGGAGGCAGGAAGGGGUGGGGAGGGAAGCAGGAGUGCGCUCGGAAGGAUAAGGGCGAUUAUUUCAGCUGUGAUCCUGACUGGGAGGCUCGGAGAGGGGAACCAGGGCCUGUGCCCACCGCCAUCGGGCAGGGACAAGAGGCCAUGCAGCGUGGCGACGGGGCAGGCGCCCUUGACGGGAGUGUCCCUUUGGGGCCGGACAGCCAGGGGUGCUGCAUUUCUCAGCUGGGCAGGAAUCAAUCCAAUGGUCCUUUUAAAAUGUGUAUUAAAAUUUUAAGAAUACCACACUUUAAUAUUAAAUAUUCAUAAGGUCUAGUAUCUUGAUAAUAAUGUAGAUGUUUUAAUAACGAUUUUUGUCCUUCUUAAAAUAAAAUGAAAGAAACUCGCUCCUUUCA